UGCAGAAGAGUGGGAGUCAGCCCGGAAUGUGAGCAGGUAUCUUGGGGCAGAAAGGACUAGAGGUAGGAGCAGAUGUUGGGGGACGUGGCCUGGUGUGACCGAUGGAGUAUAGGGGGUGAACGGUGCUGCUUGCUGGAGAGACGGAUUUGUUUCAUUAUUCAAAGGCUUGAGAGAGAGCGCCAACUCCGCUACAUUUAUAAUGACCGGAAGGUGGUGAAGACUUAAUCUGCUGGGAAGUAGAAGAGUACUUCUUCACUUGAAAAAUGCCUCCCAAGUUCAAGCGCCACCUAAAUGAUGAUGAUGUCACUGGUUCUGUGAAAAGUGAAAGGAGAAAUCUUUUAGAAGAUGAUUCAGAUGAAGAAGAGGACUUUUUUCUAAGGGGACCAUCUGGACCAAGAUUUGGACCUAGAAAUGAUAAAAUUAAGCAUGUUCAGAAUCAGGUGGAUGAAGUCAUUGAUGUCAUGCAAGAAAAUAUUACAAAGGUAAUUGAAAGAGGGGAGAGACUAGAUGAACUACAGGACAAAUCAGAAAGCUUAUCGGAUAAUGCAACAGCUUUCAGCAACAGAUCCAAACAACUUCGAAGGCAAAUGUGGUGGCGUGGAUGCAAAAUAAAAGCCAUCAUGGCUUUGGUUGCUGCUAUCCUUUUGUUAGUGAUUAUCAUUCUUGUAGUUGUGAAAUACCAUACUUGAUUUGAUGACAGAUCUUCAUUAAACAAAAUCUGGGACAGUAAUAAAAGAUUGCUGCAUAAUUUAAAUGAAACCCAUGUAUAUAACUUUCAAAGCUUCUUUUUCAAGAAAUUAAGAGGCAAGUGUCACUUCAAAUUGGAGCACUGAGAAUAUCCAGUUAUCUUCUCCCCUUCCAACAAAAUGUGCUUUUAAUAAUUAUGUUUAAGGCAAAGAUAAUAGCAACCUCGAUUUUACCAUAUUCCAAGGGUCUGAUUUGAAACUAGGUACUUGCCAGUUCACUAUCUGUGUAUAUAAUUUAACACUGAUAACAAUAUUUCAUACUGUUAUUUUAAUGGCAUAAAGACUUGGAUUCAUUGCAUCAAGUUGGGAGUCAGACUGGUGGUCAGGGAGCCUCUGUAGAGUACCAAAUCAUUAUGCUGAAAGACAUGUAUAACCAUUCAACCAAUCUUUGCAAGAUUUUUCUCAUGUUAUGAUUGCUUUGCAAGCAAUUUUCACAGGUUUAUGGGUAUAGCAAAAGCUAAAUGUUAUAAACGUUGCUGCCUUUCAGCUAUAACUAAAAACAUUCCAGUAAACCUGUUUUUGACUGUUUAA